AUGGCGUCUCAUUUCUGGACUACGCUGUGUGCGCUGGCCCUGGGCCACGCGGUCAUAGCAGCACCACAGCUGGAGCCUCGCGCGACCGCCAGCCUGGAUACCUGGCUGGCAUCAGAGACAUCAGUUGCGCGACAGGGUAUUCUUGAUAACAUCGGCUCCAGUGGUGCUUAUGCUGCGAGUGCAGACCCUGGCAUUAUCAUUGCAAGUCCUAGCACCAGCAGUCCCGAUUACUACUAUACCUGGACGCGCGACUCGGCCUUGACAAUGAAGGUCUUGAUCGACCAGUUCAAAAACGGCGACACCGACCUACUAGGUGUGAUCGAAGAGUACAUCAGCUCUCAGGCGUAUAUCCAGACUGUUUCCAACCCGUCGGGCACGCUCUCGACCGGCGGAUUGGGUGAGCCCAAGUUCUAUGUCGACGAGACUGCCUACACCGGCUCUUGGGGGCGUCCUCAGCGUGAUGGACCUGCUCUUCGAGCUACUGCGCUGAUCGCCUUUGGCCAGUGGUUGAUUAAGCUCAUUCAGGACAACGGUUAUACUACCCAAGCAACCAAUAUUGUGUGGCCCAUUGUGCGCAACGACCUUUCCUAUGUGACUCAGUACUGGAAUAGCUCGGGAUACGAUCUCUGGGAAGAAGUCAGUGGCGAGUCAUUUUUCACUACUGCAGUUCAGCACCGGGCCUUGGUUGAAGGAAGUAAAUUUGCGAGCCAAGUGGGCUCUUCCUGCUCAUUCUGCGACUUGCAAGCACCUCAGGUUCUCUGCUUCCUGCAAUCAUUCUGGACUGGAACAUACACCCUGGCCAACUUUGGCAGCAGCCGGACCGGAAAAGAUGCCAACACGCUCUUGGGGACUAUUCACACAUUCGAUCCAGAGGCUAGUUGUGAUGACACGACCUUCCAACCCUGCUCAGCUCGGGCAUUGGCCAAUCACAAGGUAGUCACCGAUUCCUUCCGCUCUGUCUACACCAUCAACAGUGGCAUUUCGUCAGGUGUCGCUGUUGCGGUCGGGCGGUACCCCGAGGACUCAUACUAUAAUGGUAACCCCUGGUAUCUAUGCACAAUGGCUGCUGCGGAGCUUUUAUACGAUGCGCUGUAUCAGUGGAACCAGAUUGGUUCCCUGACCAUCAACUCCGUCUCUUUGGCUUUCUUCCAGGACCUCUACAGCUCCGCGGCUACUGGAACGUAUUCCUCAUCCAGCGCAACUUACUCCACGAUUGUCAGCGCGGUCAAGUCUUAUGCCGAUGGAUACAUGAGCAUUGUGGAAGAGUAUGCCAUGAGCAAUGGAUCCAUGUCGGAGCAAUUCUCCAAGUCCGAUGGCUCACCCCUCUCGGCGCGUGACUUAACCUGGUCUUAUGCGGCCCUCUUCCUGGGGGAGACCUCCGCUAGCAGCGUCCCGGCAACGUGCAGCUCAACAUCCGCCACGGGUACCUACAGCACUGCGACCUCCACAUCCUGGCCGGCUACUUUGACUAGCGGGUCUGGGACGACCACUACAACUGGUGCUACCACGACUACAUCUAAGUCCACUUCGACUACCUCGACUACGUCCUGUACCACUCCAACUGCUGUGGCGGUGACAUUUGACCUUAUUGCGACAACCACAUACGGCGAGAACAUCAAGAUCGCAGGUUCUAUCAGCCAACUGGGCAGCUGGGAUACUAGCGAUGCAGUUGCGCUGAGCGCCUCCCAAUAUACGUCGACCAACAAUCUCUGGUUUGUGACCAUCAGCUUACCUGCUGGUACUUCCUUCGAGUACAAGUACAUCCGAGUCGAGAGCGAUGGAACCAUCGAAUGGGAAAGUGACCCGAACCGCUCGUACACUGUUCCUGCGGCUUGUGCGACGACUGCUGUGACAGAGAGCGAUACCUGGAAGUAA